GAACAUAACAAUGCACAGAAAUUGCUAGAUUCGCUGGUAUUUAUCAACUUAGUUCUCAAAAUGAAAGUAGCUUUGAUAUUUGGAAUCCUUUUGAUAGGCAUUUCUUUAUGUAACGGCCAAUAUGCAGGAGGCGCUGCAUCGGCGUAUGGAGGUGGUGCGGCUGGCUCCUACGGUGGUGGUGCCGCUGGGGCUUAUGGAGGUGGAAGUGCCGCUUCUUAUGGAGGUGCUUCAUCAAGUGAUAAUGCUAAAUUGGGCGUUGGCAUUGGUGCUGGUGCCGGAGCAGGUCUUGGAGCAGGCGUAGGACGUUAAGAGAAGAAAUAAUUUUCUGUGUAGAUACACAUAUUUUUCCAUUCUGUUUACGAUCCCUUCGAAAUUCAAUUGAAUGUUCAUUAAAGCAAAGUAAUAAAUAUUUUACUAACAUUUUUAAAUCA